AUGGAGUUCUUUGGAAAACUUGUUAAGAGCACGAUCCAAAAAGCUGUUCAGAGUGUGAAUCGAAAUGUUUUUGAUUCUCUAUGGGAGGAGUUGUACGAAUUGGAACAGCGUUAUUAUGAUAGGGAUAGAGAUGCUGCAGAUCAAAUUCGCAUCCUUGAAAUUGAAGCAGGGCUGAUGAGAAUGUUUCGGAUGUUGGUGGCGAAUUGGGAUGAUGCUGAUAAGCAGCGUGGUGCUGGUCAGGGGUUGGGGUCUGUAGUUCGGGAUCUUGAAGUUGCAUUUAAGAAGGCAAUGAAUGAUGUAAGAAUUGCUGCUCGAGAAGAGGUUAUUGUAGUUGCAGUUUCUAAGUUAGAACUGAAGCAUAUGUGUUCGAGCCCACAAGUGGAAGCAGCUUAUGAGUAUGUUGCAUCUAACUACUCAUUGAAAUCCCACGAUUUUUUAAGCAAUUAUGACAACUGGUAUAACUUCUUUAACUGUCUACGAAUUAUUGUUUGGCGCCAAAUUGACUUGCUCAGCCAUAUCUGCCCACAAUUUGGUACCAUGUAUGUUAUGCUAGAGUGUCUCGGUACUUAUGUUGAAAAGAUGAGAUAUUCUUGUCCUAAUCUACAAAUAAAACUUCGGACUCAUUUUGGAGGUGCACUUGUCCGCACAGCGCAUUUUUCUUAUUUGUGCUGGAUUCAUCGAAUGCAUGAAGACAAGAAACAGGAGAUGAUCAUCAUGCUUUCUGAUCUGCUAAAGGCGUUCAAGCCAAAUACUCCACAAGUUACGGAGCUGUGUAUCAAAUUAACCAGCGAUCAUUGCUCAUGCCACUCUGAGCCAUAUGCAUAUGUGUAUCUGGCAAGAAAAUUUGUUGGUUUUCUCAUUCCUAAGGAGUGUUCUCGACUUCAAACCUUCGGGGAAAGGCUCAAAGAUCUGGUAUUCUUUGCCCGCUCCAUUUAUGUGUCAGAUCUCUACAGGGGGGAUGAUGUGAAGUUGACUUUAAUGGAGAUUAAAGCAACCAUUAUAGAGCUUGGAUCUUUCGGUUAUUCAGUUCAUGAUAGAGACGAAACAUGGGACACCGAUCCUGCAUUUUUUAGAUUGGUAGAAAAGAUGGAGCUUCUAAGGGUAGAGGUCUUCCUGAUCCAACUGCUAAACCAAAGAGGCAGUUUAAAGUUCCUUGAGCGUCAAAUUGAUUCUUUCCACAAUGAACUGAAGUAUUUUCGAGAUUACCAGAGAAAUGCACCUGUGGCGAAAACUAAAGUUCCUAAGUUGAUUUGGUUGCAUAUCAGACCUGUGGCUGGGGAGGCUGGCUCUGUUUAUCGAUCAUUUCUUGCCAAGUCCAUCACUGAAGACAAGUUCACAGAUGAGUUACUUAAGUUGCUAGAGAAGAUUAAACUUUUGAAGACAGAGGUACUUUUUGAAGAGCUUCUUAGUAGACACCCAAGUCUGACAGACAAUGUGAAGCGCCAAAUUAACAGCCUUGGUCAUUGGCUGGUAGUCAGCAGAACUUAUUUGAUGGGUCCGCUAGAGGAGAAUGAGAAAUCGAUCUUGACACAAGUAGAGUCAGUAGCAAGGGAAGCAGCUUGUUUCUAUUACUCUCUUCUUGAAAAUGAAAUUACGGAAGAAACAAUGAGGAAAUUCAGUCAUUUGCUUCCUGAGUUAGUUGACAAGAUGAAGGUUGUCAAUGCAGAGAUCAAAGAAAUUUACCUACCUCACAGACGGUCAUUAAGAUCUAAUUUUCCCAAGAUGGAAGGACUUGGCAGCAUUGAUUUCUUUUUAGUAGAUCUCUUGGAGCAGCUCAAGUCUAAAGCCGGCUCUGUUCUUUCCGUGAAACAUAAAUUUCAUGUCGUUCACAGAGAGAUAAAGUUCUUGAGAUCAUUCCUCACGAACAUUGAAGAGCAGUAUGAUAAGCAUCAGGAUUUGAAGAGUGUUGCUUCGAGCAUUGUACAAGUAACACUCGAGGCAGAAUAUCUCAUUGAUUCAUUUGUGGCUGGAGAUUCUUUGAGAUGGUAUCAUCCAUUAUGGCUUUCUGAUCUCGUGGAAGAUCUCAAACUUAUUAAGCUUCAGGCAAGAAAAACUUGUAAGAAUGCACAUGGCAUCAAGAUUCAUAAUGUUCCCACCGAUUCAACAAUGGUAUCAUCACAAGCAGAAAUUCCCAACAUUGAUGAAGUUGUUAUUGAUCUUGCUGAUGAAAAAAAACUGGUCAUUGAUAGACUUAUAGCAGGAUCAGGAAAACUAGGUGUUUUCUCAGUUGUUGGGAUGGCUGGACUCGGCAAGACAACUUUAGCCAGGAGGGUGUACAACGAUCCUUCAGUUACCUGUCACUUCCACGUUCGAGCAUGGUGUUGUAUCUCCCAAACAUAUCAGAAGAGAGAAUUGCUUCUUCAAAUUUUAGGCGACAUUGUGGAACUCACAGAUGACGUGCUCGAAAUGACUGAUGAAGAUCUAGAGAUGAAGUUGUAUCAAUGCUUGAAAAGAAAUAGGUAUGUCGUUGUGAUGGACGAUAUCUGGAGCAUUGAGGCAUGGUAUGAUUUCAAAAGACCAUUCCCGAAUGACAACAAUGGAAGCAGAAUACUGAUCACGACCCGUCACUCUGAUGUGGCUGCAAAAGUUCAAGUAGAUAGUACUCCUCAUCCUCUUCGGCUACUAUCUGAUGACGAAAGUUGGGAGCUGUUACAAAAGAAGUUGUUCGACACAAAAGAGUGCCCCAGUGAACUGAUGGUAGUUGGAAAGCAAAUUGCUGAAAGUUGUAAAGGACUCCCUCUUGCAGUUGUUGCAAUAGCUGGUCUCCUUGAAAAGACUGACAUGAUACCUGACAGGUGGAAACAAGUUUCAGAAAGCAUAUGCUCACAGAUUGCCGAUGAUCCUGAAACGAGGUGCAUGGACAUUUUAGAGCUCAGCUACAGGUAUCUACCCAACUAUUUGAAACCUUGCUUUCUUUAUAUUGCAGUGUUUUUGGAGGACAAAGACAUUCCAGUUAGGAAGUUGGCAUGGUUAUGGAGAGCAGAAGGAUUUAUAACAGAUUCAGGGGUAGAAAGCAUGGAAGAUAUUGCGGAGGGUUACUUGAGGAAUCUGAUUGGAAGAAGCCUAGUAAUGCCUUCCAAAAGAAGAUCACGCGGAGGAAUGAAAACAUGUCGUGUCCAUGACAUGUUGCGUACAUUAUGCAUCCGAAAGUCUGAAGAAGAGAACCUUCUGCAGUUCCAAAAUGGGUAUGAUGAACUUUUUGAUUCUUCUCAUGAGGAUAUAGACUAUGGCGUUGAUCCCAAUUACAUUUACCCCAAAAACUCCAUCAAAUACCAAACACGUCGGCUGUCUAUUUGUUCCAAGAGAAAUCAUUUCACCAUGUCAAGACCUUCUGGGCCAUUUGUCCGCACUCUGCUGUACUCUGCCACCAGUGAUAUGUAUCCAAGAUGUCCCUAUGACAUCUCCUUCAUUUUUGACAACUUUAAACUUCUUAGAGUGCUGGAUUUGGAAUGCAUCAAUAUGGGAAAUUCUUUCCCCACAGGAGUCCUAGUAUUGGUUGGUCUGAGAUUUUUAGCUCUUUGUGGCGAUAUAGAUAGUAUUCCAGCAUCAAUAAACUAUCUCCGCAAUCUUGAAACCUUGCUUGUGAAGGGAUUGAAAGGUAAAGUAUCACUACCUUAUGCUAUUUGGAGCAUGGAAAAGUUGAGACAUCUCCAUAUCAAGAAUUAUGCUGUCAUCACCUUGGAAGAUGGUGAAAGCACUGUUUUUACCCCAAUACUUAAUCUGGUCAGUCUUUCCUCUCCAUAUCUCUUUUGUGAUAAAGGUGCAGAGAAUAUCAUGAGGAGGUUGCUCAAACUUCGGAAAAUGAGAUGUCUAUUUUCUGAAUUACCUGAUGAUACAGGAAAGUGUAAUCAGUUUCCAAUACUGAAUUUUCUAACAGAGCUUGAGUCCCUCAAUGUACUGUACUCAGGCAGGAUUGCUCUUUCAUGUAACUUUGACUUCCCAUUGAAUCUCAGGAAGUUAACUGUGUCAAAGUUUCGCCUGCCAUGGGAUUGUAUUUCGGAGAUUGGGAGAUUACCAAACCUUGAGGUUCUUAAAUUACUCUCUAAAGCUUUUGAGGGGAAAGUGUGGGAGAUGAAAGAAGGAGAGUUCCUUAAACUGAAAUUUUUGAAGCUCGACAGCCUAAACAUUGCUGAAUGGAAUGCCUGUAGUGACCACCUGCCGCAGCUUGUACACCUAAUUUUACGAAGUUGCAGGGAGCUCAAGGAGGUCCCCUCUGGUUUCGGUGACAGUUCUACUCUGGAGAUGAUUGAGGUGCAAUUUUGCACAAGCUCUCUUGUGGAGUCUGUGAGACAGCUCCAGCAGGAACAACUUGACAUGGGGAAUGAGCUGAAGGUCAUUGUUGAUCGGUCAGACUUGGACUUUUGA